UAUUUUGAAGGCAAGAUGGUUCCAGUUGGAACACUUCGGUUUCGUUUCUGGAGAAACUGCGUGUCACGGGUCUGCAGAGGUAACUUAACUGGGCACGGCUGUUCGAGCAUAAGGGUGCAACCCACAUACAUCUAGUGUAUCCAGGGGGAUUCAAAGAAGUAACAUUCAGUCUGGAUAUCCUGCAUUUUUAUUCAACCGUUGCUUUAUGAAGACACCAAAGUGAGAACAACGUCCAGGGAUUGUUCACUAUCCUCGACGCACUUGAACAGACCGACUGUCCACUAUGAACUCCAUGCUGACCAGCAGCCAGCGGAGAACAAUCUGCUCCACGCUGGGAAGAGUCAAACUCCAGCUGCUGUACAAAGCCAGCAUCCACGGUUUCACAGGCGCGGCCUUCCACCAGCGAUGUGACACCCGCUGUCCCACAGUGUCUGUGGGCUACAACGCUGCUGGCUAUGUGUUUGGAGGCCACACCAAACAACCCUUCAGUCAGUCUGGGUACUAUGUGAAUGAUGACAAGGCUUAUCUUUUUACCUUCAGUGGAGAAGAGCUCCUCAAAUAUCCAGUUAUUAAAUCUAAAAAUGCAGUGAGAAUGAUAGGAAACUCUGGUCCAUAUUUUGGAGAAGAUUUGGUUCUUGUCACAGGAAACAAAGCAGUCGUCUAUUCCACACCUGGGAAUUAUUACAAUUUUGAUGCUGCAGAGAUGCACGGCAACGACCUCAACCUGACCGAGUGUGAAGUCUAUGAAGUGGAGGAAACCUCAGAACUUGAGAGGCCUUGGAGGACUAUCACCUGGAAAUCGGAGAAGAGAAAGGAGCUGAUUGAGAGUCUUAAGAUGUACAAGCCCACAGAUAGCUCCGUGUCCCGGAUUCGGGUCCUGCUUAUUGGACCAGUUGGAGCUGGAAAGUCCAGCUUCUUCAAUUCUAUCAACUCUGUAUUCAGAGGCCACGUCACCAGUCAGGCCAUCGCUGGCUGCUCUUACACCAGCCUCACCACACAGUUUCGCACCUACUCUUUGAAAGCUGGACGAGAAGGAAAACCCCUGCCAAUCAUCUUCUGUGAUACCAUGGGACUGGAGGAAAGCACCGGGGCGGGGCUUGAUAUCGAUGACAUCUGCAGCAUCCUUAAAGGUCAUCUACCAGACUGUUAUCAGUUCAACGCGUCUGCUCCUCUGCAUUCGGAAUCCAAAGGCUAUCUUAAGUCUCCAGUUCUGAAGGACAGGAUCCACUGUGUGGCCUACGUCACUGAUGCCUGCAAGGUGUCCAUCAUGCCCAAAAAGCUGGAGGAGAAGCUGAAUGCUGUCCGCAGAAAGAUCAACUUAAUGGGGAUCCCUCAGUUGGUCCUGCUCACUAAAGUCGAUGAAGCCUGCCAUUUGGUGUCAGAAGACGUGAGCAACGUUUACAAGAGUGGCUACAUCAAGGAAGUGAUGCAGGAGGCCAGCGCUCGGCUCGGGGUGCCAGUGUCCUGUGUCGUUCCAGUGAAGAAUUACAGCGAGGAGUUGGAGGUGAAUCAGAACUGCGACAUCCUGCUGCUCAGUGCCGUCAACCAGAUGCUUCGUUUUGCUGAUAAUUACUUCGAUGAACUCAGUGACCGAUUAAGCGACAUUGAAAUCGAACUACGUUGAAGUAUUUGUGCAGCAGAUGUUUAUAUCUUGUCCAACUGUUACAUUACAUGUCAUUUAGCUGACGCUUUUAUCCAAAGCGACUUAUAAUAAGUGCAUUAAACCAUGAGUCCAAACUCAGAACAACAAGAAUCAAGCAAGUACAAUUUCUUCAAAAAGUUAAACUACAAAGUGCGAUCAGUAAGAGCCUGUUGUGAAAGUUCUUCAAAAUGACCCAUUGUUCAGCAGGUCAAGUCCAAGACGGCUAAUCCCAUUCAUAUUCUUGCUGUAAAUGGAUAAAUGCCUGAUAACAAUAAGCUAUUGUAAUGAAGAUAAACACCAAUACAACAGGUGCAUCCUGGUCCAAAGGCUUGCAGUUGAUGAUCCUCUCAUGUGCUCCACUGACACCAACAGUGCCAAUACUAAACUGUCAGAAACGUGUUUAUUCCAGCCGGUUUUCUUUCCAUCAAGCUUUGUAGUAAUACAUCUUUUUCUGAAGAAGUAUUUGAUGCCAUGGGAACAACUUCCCAGUGUCUGCAGCUACAUUAAUGCAUAUUAGCUUCUGCUCCUGCUUGUCAGUGAUAGGAUGUAGAAUUUGGAAACUUCCUUUGAAAAUCUGUAAUCAUUCCUAAACUUAAUAAUAAUUAGUCAGUAUGUUGUUGUUCAAUAACAAGCUGAAAGUGCAUGAAUAAACAGAAAAACUGAAAUUUA